GUUUACGCUCGGUGCAAUGUUAUGACUGUGCUGUGGUGUCGCAGGUGAGACAUGGUUCGAUUUAGACCACGUCGAUUCGUGGUGUCUGGAACACUCGUAGUAUGUGCGUUGUUAAUGCUCAGGUCGAUUUUGUUAGUUGGCGAAGUUAAGCCAGAAGAAAUCGGUCAUCGAUACGACAGAUUACAGAAACAGCUGUCUCCGAGCUUCGACAUCAAACUCGUGAAACCAGGUUCCGUGUCUCUGGGAAACGUCUUCAAGUCCAGAGUCUUGGGGAACUACGAGAACCUGCCGCCUUCGCAGGAGGGGAGAACAGGCCCGGGGGAGUAUGCAAAGGCGGUGAAAACCACCCCUGAUGAACAGAAACAAGUAGAUCGUUCCAUCAACGAGUAUGGAUUCAAUCAGUACGUCAGUGAUAAGAUAUCUCUGGACAGAACCAUAAAGGACUUGAGGGAAGAACAGUGUAAAUAUUGGCAUUACCCAGAAUCCUUGCCCGCCGUUGGAGUCAUCAUUGUCUUCCAUAACGAAGGAUGGUCAACGUUGCUAAGAACUGUGCACAGUUUGUUCAAUAGGACGCCACCAACGUUACUUCACGAAGUUGUUCUGGUGGAUGACUUCAGUAACAAAGAGCACUUACGUGAAAGAUUAGAAGAAUACGUAAAAGAGCCGCGUUUUCUUGGUAAAAUAAAACUUGUUCGCAACGCAAAACGCGAAGGUCUGAUCCGUACACGUACGGUGGGCGCGAUACAUUCAACAGCCGAUGUCCUAGUAUGGCUCGACGCACACUGUGAAGUUGGAAUCAACUGGUUACCCCCGCUGUUGUCGCCUAUUGCUCAGAAUAGGACGACCGUAACUGUCCCAAUUAUCGAUGUCAUCGACAAUAUGGACUACACAAUGAGGUCACAGGGCUCGGGAGAGCUAUCCCGAGGUGGAUUUGAUUGGAGUUUAUAUUGGAAGCAUCUGCCAAUGAGCAAGGAGGAAACAAGAAAACGAAGCCUUUCCAGUGAGCCAUAUCGGUCACCUGCUAUGGCUGGCGGGUUGUUUGCAAUGGCAAGGGAUUACUUCUUCGAACUCGGCGCUUACGAUCCUGGCCUGGAAGUCUGGGGAGGUGAAAAUUUCGAACUUUCCUUCAAGAUUUGGCAAUGUGGUGGAUCCAUGCUGUGGGUGCCGUGUUCACAUGUAGGGCACGUCUAUCGUAUACUUGGUAAAGUUCCCUACCGUGCUCCCAAUGCCACUAUGACGCAGUGGUCGCUCAGGAAUUACAGACGUGUUGUCGAAGUGUGGAUGGACGACUAUAAAGAAUUCUUUUAUCGCAGUAAACCCGAAUCUCAACUUUUACAUUUUGGCGAUAUCAGCAAACAACUAGAAUUUAAAACUAAACACAAUUGCAAAAACUUUGAUUGGUUCAUGAAAGAAGUGGCUCCAGACCUUCUUGCAGUUUAUCCCGUCCCUGCAGCAAAUCAAGCCUGGGGAGAAAUUAAGUCCAAUACUAAUAAAGUAUGCGUGGAUACGAUGGGAAAUAGGGAAGGUGGUACCAUUGGUAUCUCUGGUUGCCAUGGACAGGGAGGAAACCAACUGUUUCGAAUCACAGAGGAUCACGAAUUCCGAAUUCACGAACUUUGUUUGUACGAGAUAUAUUCCGAGGUGAAAUUACGUCGGUGCGAUGGAAAGUCCAAAUACUCGUGGUUUUUUGAUGAGUCCAAAGGAUGGAUAUCACUGAAGGAUAAAAACUUGUGCCUCGAAUUAAACUCUAAUCUACGGCGAUUAUCCAUGAAGAAAUGCGACAUAUCUAAUGGAUUACAAAAGUGGAUUAUAAACAAUCAAUUAAAGAUUUCCUGACAUCUACAUCAUUUGUUUUAUUUUAUGACAAAUUGUUUAUUUUUUUAUUAUUUUCUGUCUAUGCAAAACGUACCAGCGGCAAUCAUUUAUCCGUUUUCUGUUCGAAGUUGUUUUUGUUGAUGCUGAGCAGUGGGUUGUGAUGUGAUUGGCUGAAAGUAGGCGCAUUGUUUGAAAUGCAGAUGAUACUGCAAAUGCAUUGUAGGCUGGAGUUUAUGUCGCGAGAGUAAAAGAAAAAAAGUAUCGAGCCGCACCGAAGCUACGUACAUGACGUAUUUUUAUUCCAGACGACAGCGGGCGCCGCAUCGAAGCUACGUACAUUACCUACUGUUAUCUAGGGCGACAGUGGACGACCAAAAUAACCUAUUUACAUAUAUCUGAAAUGUACCAACGAUUACUAUUUUUUCAGGCAACAUUUCGAGUCAGGCAGCUGGCAAACUAUUUGGAUGUGUUGUUUUCCGAAUCAUUUGUUACAGUAUUUUUGAGAAACCAGGUGACGUGUUACGUUUCUCUACAGCAAUAAUUAAUAUAUACACACGCUUAAACAGACUCUGUUCAUCCUUGAUGAUUUUGUACUGUACCUGACUGUUUUUUACACUUACAAAUAAAGUGUCAAACGACGUGAUC